GUCUUCAGGGAGCUCUCUGGGGGCAGAAGGGUGAAGCGUGGAGAGGAGGGCAAGUCUGUGGACUUGGUCAUCUCCUCCUCCUUCUGCUCCCCGCCGAGGGUAAAGGGCAGGCAGUUUGGGUCUGGACAUCUCCAGCCAUGGCGGAGCCUGAGUGGGAGUCGCUGGAGCAGUGCUUGGAGAAGCACCUGCCGCCCGCAGACUUGAGGGAAGUGAAACGCCUUCUCUAUGGCAAGGAGACCAGGAAGCUCGACCUGCCCAACCAGGCUUUGGAAUCCGCCGCUGAAGGGGACUUUGAGCUGCAGGGAUACGCCUUCGAGGCGGCCGAGGAGCAGCUGCGGGGCCCGCGGACCGUGCGCGUGGGGCUUGUGCAGAACAGGAUCCCGCUGCCCGCGGAUGCCCCUGUGGCCAAGCAGGUCUCCGCCCUUCACAGGCGCAUAGAGGCCAUCGUGGAGGUGGCUGCGAUGUGCGGAGUCAACAUCAUCUGCUUCCAGGAGGCCUGGGCCAUGCCCUUCGCGUUCUGCACGAGAGAGAAGCUCCCGUGGACGGAGUUUGCCGAGUCAGCCGAGGACGGGCCCACCACCAGAUUCUGCCAGAAGCUGGCGAAGAAGCACAACAUGGUGGUGGUCUCGCCCAUCCUGGAGCGGGACGGAGAGCACGGGGACGUGCUGUGGAACACGGCCGUCGUCAUCUCCAACUCCGGCGCCGUCCUGGGCAAGACCAGGAAGAACCACAUCCCCAGAGUGGGCGACUUCAACGAGUCCACUUACUACAUGGAGGGGAACCUGGGCCACCCCGUGUUCCAGACCCAGUUCGGGAGGAUCGCGGUGAACAUCUGCUACGGGCGGCACCACCCCCUCAACUGGUUCAUGUACAGCGUCAACGGGGCCGACAUCAUCUUCAACCCCUCGGCCACCAUCGGGGCGCUCAGGUUCCCGGGCAGCGGGCAUCUGGAGGGUCUAAAGCGCUCAGGUUCCCGGGCAGCGGGCAUCUGGAGGGUGUGGGGCGCUCAGGUUCCCGGGCAGCGGGCAUCUGGAGGGUGUGGGGCGCUCAGGUUCCCGGGCAGCGGGCAUCUGGGAGGGUCCUCGGAGGUGGUUUGGGGAACAGGCAGGUGCCACCACCAGGACGUCUAACAAAUCUGAGCCCGGGGCCUGUGUGUUGUGUGUUCAGCCAGCUUUUCCGUGACACGGAGAACACACCCAACGCCACAUGCCCAUUGCAGCCCCCUCAGGGCUGCCCUCUGUGAGGUGCUGCUACACUUGGCUAUGACCCUGAACCCUGAGAUGAUAAGAACCCCCCACUCACCCCCUUCGUCGUCGGGAUUGAAAAGCCCUUCUCCAGGGCCAGGGCAGGGCGUGUCUGGCCAGCGUCAGCUCCUCCCGCCACAGCCCGUGCUGGGGGCGGGACCCCGCAGAUGCCCAGGCUCUUUUCCACAGCACCCAGUGCACGGAGGGCAGGCACCUGGGCAAAAAGCAAGCGAGGGAGUCGGAGCGGAGGGUCCUUAACGCCAGCCGGCGGCUCUGAACCUUGUUUUUAACCAGCAAAGCGUUUUCUUCUUGUUGUUCAUCCUCACCUGAGGGAAUUUUCCCAUUG